UAAUCAACUUCCUAGUCCAGGGAAAACGAGAACAAUGGCUACCGGGAGUGUUCCCUCAGAGAUCAUAGAAAGAGAACGGAAAAAGUUGCUCGAAAUCCUCCAAGAAGAUCCUGAUUCUAUCUUAGAUACAUUAACCUCUCGGAGGCUGAUUUCUGAGGAAGAGUAUGAGACUCUGGAGAAUAUUACAGAUCCCCUGAAGAAAAUUCGGAAGCUGUUAAUUUUAGUGCAGAAAAAGGGAGAGGUGAGCUGUCAGCAUUUUCUCAAGUGUUUAUGUAGUACUUUUCCAGAGUCAGCUACCAUUUGGGGCUUAAGGCAAGAAUGUUUAAAACAUGAGAACAUAGAACCUCCUCAAUCUAUGGGGGUAAGCAAGAAUCCAGAAGGUCUAUUUUCCCCUGGAGAGAAACAGCCUGAGGAUUCUGAGAUCACAGUGUCCUUCAAAGACACAGAACACUUGGAUUUAGGAACCUCUAACACGUUCGUGGAAGAGAAAACUAGUUAUAGGGACACAGCUUGGUCCUCACGGGAAAACGAGAAAUAUGAAUGCAACACAUCAAAAGUCACGUUGUCACAUUCGGUUGAGACUAUUGACUAUGACGUUCCAGAAAUUAUUGAUUAUUUACAGGAUGGACAGACAUAUGAGGAGCCAGAUAAUUCUCUAUACUUAGGAGAAGAGGAAUAUCUAGAAUUGGUUGUAGACUCUGAAAAUGCAGAAACCACUGUGGAAGAAGAGGAUUAUAAUGACCCCACGCACCUUGUCUAUGAUGGCGAAGAGGGUUCUGAGUAUGCAGACACCACGGCGUUCUCUGAUGAAGAACCGAGUUAUGAGGAUUCAGAAACUGGCCUGUCAUUGGAGGAUGAGGAGGCAGAGGAGAAAAGUACAGAAGAAAGAAAAAAGGUCUUUAAAGAUGUCCUGUCAUGUUUGAACAUGGAUAGGAGCCGAAAGCUUCUGCCAGAUUUUGUUAAACAAUUCUCCUUAGAUCGAGGAUGUAAGUGGACACCUGAGACUCCGGGAGACUUAGCCUGGAAUUUCCUGAUGAAAGUUCAAGCACUGGAUGUGACAGCUAGAGAUUCAAUCCUCAGACACAAGGUUCUGUGUGAGGAUAACCAAGGGGAAUUGCCAACUGCAGCAGAGAAUUUGGAAGUUAGAGACAUACAAACCAUCAAUCCCCUUGAUGUUCUUUGUGCCUCUAUGCUGUGUUCAGAUAGCUCUUUGCAACGCAAAGUCAUGUCAAGCAUGUAUCAAUGCAAGUUUGCUCUUCCUCUGCUACUGCCAGAUGCAGAGAACAACAAAAGCAUUUUAAUGCUGGGGGCCAUGAAAGACAUUGUGAAGAAGCAGUCAGCACAGUCUUCAGGAGCGCCUACAGGGGAGACAGAAAAGUUUCUGACCCUCAUGAAGAUGCCUCUCAUCUCUUUUGUGCGUCUAGGAGACUGUAGCUUCUCCAAGUCCAGAAUCCUCAACACACUGCUCAGCCCCGCCCAACUGAAAUCACACAAAAUAUUUCUCCAUCAGGAUUGGCCUGUUCUGGUGCUUCCCCGGCAAAUCUCUGAUGGCCUGGUUGAAAUAACUUGGUGUUUUCCUGAUAGCGAUGGUCUAACGGAAAACCCUAGUUUCUUCCAAAAGCCUGUUGCUGUGGCCAACCUUCGUGGAGAACUAGAAAGUUUCUGGACAGAAUUUGGUUUCUUGAUGGAAGUUUCCUCAGCUGUGUUUUUUUUCACCAACUGCCUAGGUGAGAAGGAAUGGGACCUGCUCAUGUUUUUAGGAGAAGCUGCCAUUGAAAGAUGCUACUUUGUCCUCAAUCCCCAGGCCAGGGAGACUGAAGAGGCUCAGAUUUUCCAGAGGAUCCUGAAGUUGAAGCCAUCACAGCUACUAUUUUGGGAGGAGGAAGAAGCUGGGGAGAAAGGGAAGAACAUGAAGGGUCUCCAAGCUGCCCUCCAAGAAGUGAUGUCCUCUUCACUCAGAUGUGUGUCCGUGGAAGACAUGGCUUCCCUAGCCAGGGAGUUGGGGAUCCAGGUAGACCAAGACUUUGAGAAUGUUCAAGGAAUUCAGGUUCCCUCUAGUGAAAACUUGGUUGGAACAGUUGAAGAGGAAAGACAACAAAGACACACUCAGCCAAAAAGGUCAUCUGAAUGCCCAGCUGAGAUGCCUGUAACAGAGCCUGGAGCUGGAUGUGAGGUCAGCCAGAUUCUUCAGAAUUUCCACCUUACCCCAGUAUCUAUGCCUUAUCUGGAAAACUCCUGUCCUUUACCAAUCAGAAUUGGAGGUAACUUAAACCAUGGUUCUUUGAAAGCCCCUUGGAUUAUGGACCCCCACUUUUGGUCAGAGCAGAAGUCUAAGUGGUUCUCUCCUUCACCUUUUCAGAAUUCAAGGUUCCAUAGUCGAGGUAAAAGAUUUGGGAUGCAGUACUCCCAACCCCAGAGAUUUUAUUCAGGUAACAGGUUUAUGAAAUUUUCAAGACCUCCUCAGGGACGUCACAUGAAUGAAACAUUUGUGAGACCACCAAGACCCAUUCAUCAGUAUGUACAGGCCUGGCCUCAGAGACCACAGACAAUGGGAGCUCGUGAAAGGUCUGCUGCACUGGUCUCCAGGGUAGGUCACCUCCAUUACCAGGGUUCACAACCAGGAGGACAAGUUAGGAAGCCACAGCGUAGGCCAGCCCAACAGCCUAGGCCAGCCCAACAGCCUAGGCCAGCUCACGCCUCGGGAACACAGCCAACUGAGGCAACUGGAAAACUUACGAGAACAACACUCCAUACUGCGAAUCCUCACCCUAAAGCAUUUCAACAAGCAGGACUCAUACAAAACCUCAUAAGACCUGCCUGUCAGCAAGGAUUAAAGCCAGAGACACAAGGUGGGCCAUCAAAUCCAGCUUUCCAAAUGGGAUCCCAUCCCAUGUCCAGCAGCAAAUUUUUACCCAGCUCUCAGUUCCAAUCCAGUCAGCCCAAGCCGCCCCAGCCCAAACCCUUUCAUCCUAUGCCCUCUCAACUCAAACCCACUCAAACAAAACCCACUCAGCCCCAGCCCUCUCAAGCGAAAUGCUCUCCAUCCAAACCCACUCGGCCCCAGUCUUCCCAAUCUAAGCCUUCUUGGCCCAGACCUACUCAACCCAAGUCAUCUCAAACCGGUCCUUCACAGGCUAAGGCACACUAUCCAAGACCAGGGCCCAAGAAGGUAGGGAAGCAUUAAAGUGUUUACUCCAGAGACCUAUGAAACUUAUUCUUUACCCAGGCCAUUCCUGUCAUAUAGUAACCUGAAGGAGAGUGGCAGUGAUGAUAAGAGACUACUGUCAUUAUCAUGGCACAGAAAAGAAAAGAAAAGAUAUGCACAGCUUCAUUGGUUAUCAUUAAAAUAUCUGUAAGAGUUGUGUCCCUAACAAAGAGGAAGAAUAUUAAAAGAAUUAAGAAUAGAAUUAAGCAAUAAAUAAAGUAACUGAAUACAGCCUUGAGUAUUAGGUAAUAUAUAACCUGAAUCCAGGGAAUGGGAAUUGUGAAAUAGCUCCACUUGACAAAGAAUGGGGUUAGACUCUCUAGUUGCAAAAUGAUCAUAAAAUAGGGCUCAGGUUGCCUCAAUGUUGCAAAUAAAAUUGCCCUAGAUGUUGGCUGUUCCAGAGGUGUCUUAGUCAAGAUUUUUGGUUAUGUAUCAGCUGCUAAGCAGGUAACCCUGUUUGUUUGAGAUGUUUAAAUCAAUUUGCUUAUGAUAACAGCCCCAAUUUGCUGGAUAAUAAAACGCUCUUAUUUGACCCUUACAUGUAGAAACAAUGGACUGAACACCAAUGAAAUUAAUUAUUUUGCAUUAACUUUAAGACUAAUCUGUGUAUGUUUCUAUUUAAAAUGUUUGUAAUAGUUAAGAUAAUUGACUUACUGUAUUCUUUGAGGAUCUGAUGUAUUAGCCUCAUGAUUCUAGCUUAAAAUGUAUAAUUGAGGUUUUAAUUUUAGAGUUGUUGUUUUUUUUAAGUUGAAAAUAUUAAGCUCAAUUUACAAAGUUUGUUAAAAGCGUUGAAAUAUUUAAGAGAACUUGCGAUUCACAAAAUUUACAAUUUUAAUUUAUUAGAUUUAUUUUUGUCCUAAACAUUUUGGCUAAGUUCUGUUAGUUAGAAAUAUUAAGUGAAAGGAAUAUGUUCAAUUUAAAAUACUUACAUGAAGUUUAACUAAGUUUGUAAAUGACACAAAAUAUUAAUAAAAGGCCACUUUAAAGGUAGAUGUUAAAAUUCACUGGCUAGAAAUAAAAUAAUAAGAUUUGUAAAUUGAAUUAAGAGCCCUGGUUUUAGAUUUGUAACUUUUAUAAAAUUAAUAUUAACUUUUUUAUUUUUAUUUUUAUUAGUUUCAGGUGUACAAAGCAAUGUAAUAGUUAGACAUUUACACCCCUCACAAAGUGAUACCCCCCAAUCUACUACCCCUUUGACAUCGUAUAUAGCUGUUACUAUACCAUACUAUAAAAUUAAUAUUAAUUUUAAGUACUAAAAUAGCCACAAGUUGUCUUUUCUGGGUACAAAAUUGUCUUCAAGGACACAAAAAAAUCAUACUGACAAAUAGAUGAGAAAUGAUCUUCGAAAAAGAACAAUUAAUCUCUGAGAACAUUUUCAUACUACAAUAGAUAUCCUUCAUUUGUACAUGUUAUUAAACAAUCAAUUUUGAGUUGUUGUUGUUUAAUCCUUUACUAUAAGGGUGAUGACUAUGAAUGUGAUUUUUUAUCUUUGUCUUUUGGCAGUAGAAAAAGCGUAAUGACAGUUUAUAACUACAAAAUCUUUGGAGUUAAAAGUGGUUUUUCUCUACUGAAGAUAGUACUGUUUAACCUUUUGAAAUGAGCAAUAGUAAUGAUUUUUUUAAAAAAAACGUGUCUGAAUCCUUGUUCAAGGUUAAUUCCUGGAGGAUCGAACUUGUUGGGUUAUUGUCACCAAUAGAUCCUGGAUCCUAUAUACGUGGUACAUUCAAAUUGGAUGAUUUGAGGAGAGUUUAAUAAAGGGACCAUUUAUAAAGAUCUGAGCAAGAUGUAAAAACAGCACAAGGAGAGUGUAGUGCCCUGGAUCUAGUAAAAGCGAGGCCCUUUACCACCCAAGGUCCAAAGUGGGGCAGGGAGUGCUUUCUCCAGUCAGAAGAGCUGUGUGGAAAGGGUCUUGGAUCAGGCUGGUUGAGGUGGGCAGCAGGCUGCAGUGACCCACAGGAAAGUAUCCCAGGGAAUAAAUAUCCUCUCCUUACCUCUGAUCUGCCAGUGCAUCCCCUUGGCCAAAUCCAACCAGAAACCAGAGAAUAAGGAGCUCAUCUAGUUUUGAAAAUGCAGAAAUAGACAAGAAAGGAACAAAAAUAAUCUGUAAUAUCAUAACUCAGAGGAAGUAACAUAGUCCUCUGACUCACUAAUAAUAUUUUCACGUUUUUUAUAUAUAUAUGUGUAUAUAUAUACAUAUAUAUAUACACAUAUAUAUACACACGC